UAAUGCUUAGCUAAGAGAAAAAAAAAAGAGGACUUUCUUAUAUUAUAUAUAGACAUCAACAUAGCUGAAGAAACACUGAAACCUUCUACCCUCCCAUCUCCCCACAAUACCAUGGAUGAUUAUUCAAGGACUCAACUUCAGCUUCCUCUCAUAGAUAUAUCUCAGCCCCUCAACUCUUCUUCGCUCACCACCCUUUCCCAAGCUUGCAGAAACUAGGGCUUCUUCUACAUCAAAAACCAUGGCAUUUCCAAGGAUUUGUACACCAAAUUCUACAACUUUUCAGAUAACAUUUUGAGCCUUCCACUGGAAACCAAACUCAAGUUAGGCCCCUCCUCCUCUCUCAAAACCUACACUCCACAUUUCGUAGCAUCGCCGUUCUUCGAGAGCCUUCGAGUCUCCGGACCCAACUACUACUUGUCCGCAAAGAGAUCGAGUGAUGUCCUCUUUGACGCCCCAAAGCAUGACCUUUGCAGAUCGAUGCAGAUGUAUGGAAAUAAGAUGAUGGAACUAUCAAAACAGCUUAUGACAAUUCUCUUGAGGUGUCUGGGUGAUGGUUUUGAUGCAAAGUAUUACGAAUCUGAGUUCGGUCGGUGCCAUGGAUACAUGCGGAUCAACAGUUAUUCGGCGCGAGGGAACACAGAGCCCAAAGAUUCACCUCCAAAGAACACAGAGUCUGAAGAAAUUGAAGGUCUGGGAAUGCACACAGACAUGAGCUGUCUAACAAUUUUGUAUCAGGAUGAGGUUGGUGGGCUUCAGGUUAGAGAAAAGGAUGGGAAGUGGAUGGAUAUAAAGUAUAGUGAAGGAGAAUUGGUUGUAAAUAUUGGAGAUUUGUUGCAGGCUUGGAGCAAUGGAAAAUUCAGAUCAUCUCAGCACAGGGUUGUGUUGAGGAAGCCAAGCAGCAGAAGGCUUUCUGUGGCUUUCUUUUGGUGCUUUGAGGAUGAGAAAAUGAUUGUGGCACCAGAUGUUGGGGAGGAGGAGAGAAUCUACAGGCCAUUUGUUUGUGGAGAUUAUAUAAAAUUUAAAGUGAUUAGCGAAAAAGGGAGGUUUGAUAAGGUUAAGUAUACUAUUGAUGAUUUUGUUGAAAUUGAUGCUACUGCAGAAUUGAUGAAUAAGGAUUUCAUGUAGUUGGCAAAGCACUGCACAUUUUCUUCAUAGAUUGUAUGCGCACAUUCUGCAUUGUAAUCGGUGAUAUUUAUGUUUCAGCUAUGUAGUUUCAAUUUUAAGAUGUUAAUAAGUAUGGUGAUUUGAAAA